CCUUUCGUUCGAUAAUUUCGGUGGAAUGUAACAAAAUCAGCUUCACCUUCAGCUUCCGGUCGCCAUGGCGCUCUCGCCAUUUUUAUCCAAUCAUUCUUCUUCUUCUUCCUCUUCUUUUCUGCAUUCUUCAUCGCCAUCCUUCUGCUUUCUUCUUCGCCGUUCUGAAAUCCCAUCUUCGAUCGUUUUCACACCUCUUCGAUUCAAAAUUCAUUGUUCUAACAACGCAAUUCAAGUUGAAACCCAACCACCUCGUCGAAUCCGAGUGGAUUUUGAAGUAAAGAAGAAGCGGAAGCCCAGGCCAAGCUUCCUCGAGCAAAUUCGCCAUAAAUGGUGCACUAAACCCAUUUCCUCAAGAGAAACGUUCCCCUGGCAGCAGCAAGAACAAGAGAGAAGGCAUAAUGAUGACAAGGAGGAAGAGGAAAAACAGGUAGCCUAUGAAGGUUCUGUUUCAAUUCGCGAGUCAGCAACUGAUGUAGCUCAAGCGGUUCCUAUAACUCGCCCAAUUUCAGCCCCUUGGGCUCAUGGCAGCCAAUCCAGAAAUUCGCAGUUCAAUUUCAAACCUAAAACGCUUAAAGAUGAAGUGAUUAAUGAGAUAUCAAAGAUCUCUAUUGAUGAUACAAGUAAUCGCGACGCAAGUACGAAAAGUUUUAACAAUGGUUCUUGUUUUGGUGGAGAAAUUGGUGGAAAUAUUGAUGAAAUUUCAGACGAAUCUUCCGAAGACGAAGGGGAAAUUGAUCCUAUAGUUCUGCCGGUUACUGGAAAACAUUCACCAUUGAGCAAAGAAUUUGUACAUUCGGUCAGUUCGGAUAAUGAUAACACUGGUUCAGUUGAUUUGCCCUGGAAGAGAAAGCCGCGAAGGGAUUGUGAAGAAGCAGCUCAGAGAAGGAGUAAAACAUUAUUGGCUGAGCAAAUGCUUCCUCAGCACGAAUUGCAGAGGCUCAGGAAUAUUUCUUUGAGAAUGGUGGAGAGAAUCGAAGUGGGGGUUGCAGGUAUAACUCAAGAACUGUUGGAUACUAUACAUGAGAAGUGGAAAGUAGAUGAAGUUGUCAAGUUGAAAUUUGAAGGGCCUCUUACUGUCAACAUGAAGAGGGCACACGAGACAUUAGAGAACAAAACUGGCGGAUUGGUCAUAUGGAGAUCGGGUAGUAUGAUAGUAUUGUAUAGGGGAAUGACGUAUCACCUGCCUUGUGUUCAAUCUUACGCCAAACAAAAUCAAGCUAAAAGUUAUACAUUGGAUGGUUCAAAUAAUGUAGAAUAUGAUGAUGCAACACACGAUGAGAAGGUACCUAACACAGUCGAAACUAUGAGUAAAAUUGUUUCUGGUGCUUCGAAGCAUACCAAGACAUUAUCUAAAAAGGAACUUAUGGAGUUGAGUGAUCUGAACCAUUUGUUAGAUGAGAUAGGUCCACGUUUUAAAGAUUGGUCAGGCUGUGAGCCAGUGCCUGUUGAUGCAGACCUGCUUCCUGGUAUAGUUCCGGGAUACAAACCUCCAACUAGAAUUCUACCUUAUGGGGUAAGGCAUUGUCUCAAGAACAAGGAGGUGACGAUAUUUCGUAGACUUGCAAGGAAAAUGCCCCCACAUUUUGCUUUAGGAAGGAAUAGACAACUACAAGGUUUGGCCAAUGCUAUGGUGAAGCUAUGGGAAACAUGUGCAAUUGCAAAGAUUGCUAUAAAACGAGGUGUAGAAAAUACACGGAAUGAGAGGAUGGCAGAAGAACUCAGGAUAUUGACAGGAGGAACGCUACUCUCUAGAAACAAGGAAUAUAUUGUUUUCUAUAGGGGCAACGAUUACCUGCCACCCACUAUCACAGAAGCAUUGAAAGAAAGGCGGAAGCUAGCAGAUCGUCAGCAAGAUGUCGAAGAGCAGGUACGACAGGUGGCUUCAACUUCAGUUGAGUCAAAAGUGAAAGCUUCAAAUGCUCCAUUGGUUGCUGGAACACUUGCAGAAACCAUUGCAGCAACUUCUCGCUGGGGAAGCCAACAAAGUGGUCAAGAUAUUGAGAAUAUGAGAGAAGAUUCAGCUUUAGCGAAGCUUGAUUCUCUAAUCGAAUACCUCAAGAAGAAACUAGCUCUUGCAAAAGGGAAGGUAAAAAAUGCCGAGAAGAUUAUAGCAAAAUUGCAGGGGAAGAAAGAACCAGCAGAUCUUCCCACUGAUUUGGAAACCAUAACAGAUGAGGAAAGACUUUUAUUCCGUAAGAUUGGUCUCAGUAUGAAACCAUAUCUGCUCUUAGGGAGGCGAGGUGUUUAUGAUGGCACCAUUGAGAACAUGCACUUGCAUUGGAAGUUCAGAGAGUUAGUAAAGAUAAUUGUGAGAGGAAAAACUCUACAACAAGUCAAACACAUAGCAAUCUCUCUAGAAGCAGAGAGCGAUGGAGUGGUGAUUUCUUUGGAUAAAACUACUAAAGGCUAUGAAAUUAUUGUUUAUCGUGGGAAAAAUUAUACCCGUCCUGAUGAACUGAGGCCUAAAAACAUGUUGACAAGAAGACAGGCAUUGGCUCGAUCAAUUGAACUACAGAGACGUGAGGCACUAAAACACCAUAUUUUAGAUUUGGAGGAAAAAAUUGAGCUGCUGAAGGUUGAACGGGAAGAAAGGAGAAAUGGGAAAUGGCUUUUGAAAGGCUGAGGUUUCUUUUCUGGUAGAAACACUGAAGUGUUUCCAUGUGUCCAAACAUCAAGAUGACCUUGGAUCUCUUUGGCAGCAAGGAUUGCUUUGAAACCUGACAACUAGCCAUCAAUAGAAAGGUGACAUGGUUUGCAGCAGUGAAGUACAAAUUUCCUUUCGUUUGGGAUCAAACCAAAAAUAUUUCAAUACAAAGGUACAAAUAUAUCCUAACAUUAUUAGUAGAUCCACAUAUUGUUAAGAUCAUACAUCCUAACGUUAUUAGUAGAUCCAGAUAUUGUUAAAAUCAUCUUUAAUAUCACAUGAGAUAAACAUGUGCGACUGCUUUUGCCACAUCAAUGUUAUAAUUUUUUUUUACCUAGCCAACUUAGAUAAACUUAUUUUCAUGUUUAGCUCCUCCCAUUUAGAUAGAAAUAGUUAUUCGGCCCUUAAUAAUAUGGAAAAGUAAAUUUAAAACAAUAUUACGUUCGGUUUAAUUGUUUUAGGUUAACAUGCAUCUGUUUGUUUAAAUUUGCUUAAAGAUAGGAUGGGAUGAGGACUGUCUUCUUUUCAAGAUUUCUUGAUCAAAUUCAAAUCAAGAAAUCCAAUAAUAAAGUUGAUUUAAUUGCUUCAGUUAACAUGCAUUUCUUGGUUGAUGUUUCUUCAUUUUCACAUUAAAUAAUAAUAACUCUACCAGUUCGAUUUGUUGAUUUGAUUAUAAUUACUAUCAUCUUAUGAUCAAGUUGAACUAACUAAUCCGAUCUGCUUAACCCUUCGGCUAUCAUUAUAAUGCAAGUAAAAGCAAACCAUAGGAGAAACUUACAUCUGUUAUACCUUACAUGUAUAGUACUUAUAGCAUCGAACAACAAAUGGAAGUCGGUAUUGGAUUUAUUAUUAGUGCAUGCCUAUGUUGGGUAUUAGAUAACACAACAUUCCAUCUCAAAGCCAAUUGACAAUGAAAGGGGUAGCCCAUCAUCUUAAUAAGAUUACGAGGUCUCUUGAUUUUUCUAAGGUGGGAUCUUCAAUAUGCCCCUCAAGAUGGUGUUUUUUGGGUUCACCAUUCUUGGAUCAGAUCCCCCUUUUUUUUUUUUUUUAAUUGGACCGAAUAGCCGUUUGGACUUUAUGAGCUCUGACAUCGUAUUAGAUAACAUGAGGUUCAAUCUCAAAGCCAAUUGGUGAAAGGAGUAUCUUAUAUAUUUUAUUAAGAAUGUUAGGUCUCUUGAUUUUUUUUCAAUGUGGGAUACUCAGCAAUGGAAGGGGUUGUAAUUAUUAUUGUCUAUUAUAGAAUAUUAGAAGUGGACCCAAGAACAAAAACCAUGGACUAAAAAGGUGAAAGAACAUUUGCUUGUUGCAAUAUGGUUCACACUGAAAUAAUUAACAUUUACUUCAUAGAUAUUUUAGAACUCAAGGACACAAUUGUAGAACUUAUAAAACAGAUCUUGUUCAAGUAAGGUCGUCGAUUUAUUUCAUAGAUGAAAAACUAGUAGCAUCAAUAAGCCCAAAGCAUGCAGAUAUCACCCUUCAUGUGGAUGUGGAAAAUCUUGAAUUUGAUUUAUCACUUCACUUGCCGGCAGAAGAUGAGAAACUGAUGAGCUUUUACAAGUCAAUGGCAUAGCAUAGUUUACCUUAUCUUUUUCUUUGUCCUGCUGAAGGGAUAUCUUGAUGAAGUCCAAGACUACUGUGGCUAACUCUACUUGAUGUAAUUGUGAUGUGUAGUUGUGAUCUGCUCCUUCUAAAAUGUAUAAUUUGUGGUUAGAGAUGAUUUUAUCGAACUCUUUUGCAUCGUCAACCGGGAUUAUUUCAUCUUCAGUUCCAUGGACUGUCAAUACUCUGUACAAAUAUUAUAGAAUUCAGAUGUUUUGCAAGGGAAAAA